AUGCUAGCCGGAAUCAGUCGAUGUUUUCUUCGAGUAGCUCCGUUGAUUCAACAUCAACCAACAACACUGGCUACCGCAUCUCAAUUAGAACAAAUACAUCGACGUGGUUUUUAUCGAAGAUCUGGAAGAAAUAAUGAACAAGAUGAAGAGCGAAAUUCUAAAGGAUCGAAAAGUGAUAUCAAGUUUAAGGCCGGAGCUCCACUAAUCGCUCUUUCAUGGUUUGUUACGUUAAAGGAUUUUCUGGGAAUCGAAAAAGUUCAGCUAGAUAAAGAUCCAAUCAAGGAUAAAAUAAAACAGUCAUGGCUUGAUCGGAAAUUUGGGAAGUUUGAUAGUGCACUCCAAACUCUUGAUGAAGUGCUAGAAGAAGUCAAGGAACGAGGUGAAGAACUUCCCAUAACAAGAGUAUUGGAUGAAAUUGCGAAUACCCAUUAUCAGAAAGGCGAUUUGGCAAAAGCUGAAGAAUAUUUUAAAGUUGUCAUUGAUCGUUUGAUGCGUUUACAUAGUUUUCGCGACUCGUCAAAGGAGUUCAUUGGAAUUUCGCUGAAGUUAGCGGAAAUUUUUGCUGCGCAAGGGAAUUUGGAGCACGCGGAAACUGGCUUCAGGCAUUGUCUCCGAAAGCAAAUGCAGGUUCUUGAUGAGCAUAUGAAAAAGUAUUCGAUAUCACAUGGAGCAAUGGUUGAAGACAGACAUAGAGUGGAAGCCUUUGGUCCCGAGUACACUGAUCCAAUUGCUCUUUUUGGGAUGGCGCUCGAAGCGUAUGCUCAUUUUUUGGUUACCUAUCGGGAUGAGGAUCGCUUGAAGGAGGCUGAAGAAUAUAUGGACGAGGUGAUGAAAAUUGCUUAUCAGAUUUAUGGUGGAGUUUCACAGCACACGAUCACGUUAAUCAACAAUUUUGGAGCCAUGUGUAUAGUUCAAAAUCGGUUCGAGCUUGCUCGGAAGUAUCUGGAAAUUGGAAUCGAUCGUAUAUUGCACAUUAACGAAGCGGCUGGGCUCAUUCCUGGUUACUAUUGCAAUUACGCGGAAGCACUUUGGCAUACGGGUAAUCGAGAGAAGGCUCUCGAAUAUGCGAAACAAGCUGUGCAAUUGAGUAAAAGUUUGGAUGGGCGUACUCAAAAAUAUUGUGUCGACUUCCAGAAAUCGUUGCAGAAGGAUUUCAACAAAGGAAAAGGCUGGUGGUUCUGG